CCGCCGCCGCCGCCGCCCUCCUCGUCCUCGUCCUCCUCGCCCAACCCUGGCCAGCCCCACCGGACCGAGACGCUGGGCUUCUACGAGAGCGACCGCCUCCGGCAGCUCAAGCGCAGCGGGCCCGCAGAUCUUUCACUGCUGCGGUUCAUUAACGCAGAGCUAACCAGAGGUUACUUCCUUGAGCAUAAUGAAGCAAAGUACACAGAACGGAGAGAGAGGGUAUAUACGUGUUUGCGGAUACCUAGAGAACUAGAAAAGUUGAUGAUUUUUGGAAUCUUCUUGUGCUUGGAUGCUUUUCUCUACGUGUUCACCCUCCUUCCGUUACGAGUCUUUCUGGCAAUGUUCAGGUUCAUCACAUUGCCUUGCUAUGGCUUACGCUCUCAGCAAAGCCUAAGAACGAGUGACCAGCGAUUACUGCAACCUGCUCAGGUGUGUGAUAUUUUCAAAGGCGUUAUAUUGGUGAUCUGCUACUUCAUGAUGCACUAUGUUGACUAUUCCAUGAUGUACCACCUGAUAAGGGGACAAUCUGUCAUCAAACUCUACAUCAUUUAUAAUAUGCUUGAGGUAGCUGAUCGUCUUUUUUCAUCUUUUGGGCAAGAUAUCUUGGAUGCUCUUUAUUGGACAGCUACAGAACCAAAGGAGAGGAAGCGAGCGCACAUAGGUGUGAUCCCCCACUUUUUCAUGGCUGUGCUCUAUGUCUUCUUGCAUGCUAUUCUUAUAAUGGUCCAAGCAACUACACUCAAUGUAGCUUUUAACUCCCACAAUAAGUCACUUCUUACUAUCAUGAUGUCUAACAAUUUUGUUGAAAUAAAAGGAAGUGUUUUCAAGAAGUUUGAGAAGAAUAAUUUGUUUCAGAUGUCAAAUAGUGAUAUCAAGGAGCGAUUCACCAACUAUGUCCUGUUACUGAUAGUGUGUCUAAGGAACAUGGAGCAGUUUUCAUGGAAUCCAGACCAUCUUUGGGUAUUAUUUCCAGAUGUUUGUAUGGUGAUUGCUUCAGAAAUUGCAGUGGACAUUGUGAAACAUGCCUUUAUAACAAAAUUCAAUGACAUUACAGCUGAUGUAAGUACACAG